UAAGUGCAGGAGCGUUGCCUGCCCGGUGCACAUGGUGCGAGUUAUCAGAAGGUGGGACCAAAUUGGAACUUAACGCUAAAGCAUGUCUACGCCGUGAACCAUAACUACCUUUAAAUGUGACCGUGGCAACUAGAAGAAAACUGAUGCAAACAAUGAAUCAGAGGACAGUUGCAGCUCUACAGAAUUGUUCAGCAUAUGUCAAAGACAGCAAUAACCAAGCCUUUAAGCCAGUUCCAACAUUUAAACAAGCAGGACUGCACCUGCAUGUGAUAUUAAACACGUCUGUUUAAUAAGGGGCUUUCAGACUGAACAUUGUUGGAUGGUUUUGGAAACAGGUGGCUCGGUCCGGAUCUGUCAGGUUAUCACACGAAGCUGCUUCCGAUCGCCGUCCAGCAGGAGAAAACAGACGCACUGACUUUCGCUUCCUCUUCGCUCUGAGGCGGCUCCACUUCCUCAUCAGCCCGUCUCGCUUCAGCUGGCUGACGGUCAUGAAGGACGAAGCUGGACAGGAUGGAGAACAUGAAGCGUUCUCCCACCAGGACCUCUACGAAGAGUACAAGAGCAGUUACCUGCAGCCCGGGGCUGAGGUUCGGCCGUGUCGGGACCCCGGGCUCCUGGAGAGGGCGGCCCGGUUCCUGCGGGGAAGCCCGGAUCUGACAGAGGCUUUCACGGCGUUCCCGUUCUACCGGGCUGUGGCGGAGAGGUGCGCUGACGGUACCGACAGCAGGAGACACCUGACAGGCUUCAUCAAAGCCACCGAGAUGCUGGAAAGCCUCUGCAUCAACAUGUUUCUGCAGCCCUGGAAGAAGGAGAUCAGGUCCGUCAAGACUUUUACAGGGGCCUUUGUUUACUGUCUGCUGCCGGUCUUCAGCAGUUCCACCAUAGAGUCUGUUUUGGCCUCUAUCGGCUACCUGCCCAACAGCGACGCCUCACGGAGUGAGUUCAUCCUUAGUGCUGAUGUGGAUGCAGACAGGGCUCUGCUGCUGGGGUUUGAACUGCUGCUGGCCAGAGUGGAAUGUCAUCAUCUCCUUGACCUCCUGGGCGAGCAUCAGCUGGGACCACAGGAGUGGCUGGAGGUGCUCCAAAGAAGAAAGCAGCCUGCAAAAGUGGUUGACCCCACAGAAAAGCAGACGAUAGCGGAGGAAUGGAAAGGCAACGAUGAGGAGAAGAAGGAGGAGUUGGAGAGGAAAGAGGAAGCUCUGCAUUCUGAGACCAUUCCUCAGCCGAAGCAGCGACGUUGUCACCUCAACAGCGUCGACCACUCAGUUAUAGAACUGCAGAUGACAUACCCAGACCUGGCCUUCAGGGGUCGUCCUCUGCUCCCAGACCAGCCUCACAAAGCCCAGCCCACCAUGACCAGCACCGCGGCUGAUGGUUCUUCUGCGCUUUCGGAAACAAACGUGACCAGAGAGGCUACAGCUGCUUCUCCAAGAGCCUUCGGUGGAGAUGAUGGCUGUAACGACAGGAUCGGCGUUGGGGUCACCGACCCCUCAGACACCAGCAAACUCAGCUUCCGGGACUCUGAUGAGAGCAGAGUGGAUGAUGACCCCCUCAGUGGUCCUCCGGCCAUUUCCCUUGUCAUCACCCCGAGAGCAGGACCCAGAGGAGAGGCGAGCAUUAAGCGAGGAAGAGCUCACCCCAUCGCAGCAUCCUCUGAUGAAACGCAGCAAAAAUCAAGCAGAGAGAAUGUGAUGGCUGACAAACCGGAGUCUCCCUCCUUGAGCUCCACUGAAGAGCAACAGCUGAGAGCCCUGGCAGAGAGGAUGGGACAACUGUCUGUACAAGAAGACGAAGAGAAGACGAAGGGGAGAGGUGACGGCACCGUCAGAGAGGGGGACGUGUGUGAAAAACAAAAUCAAGGGACUAAGCUCUGAGGAAGGAUCAGCAAAGAAAACCCUGAGAAUGAAAAAGACAAUGUUUUAAAAUUCUUACCAAACUUCUGGUUUAUUUUUUUAAACUUUCAUCCUUGUUUGGCUUCAUGCAGAUUUGAUCCAGUCUCAUGCAGAGAGAUAAGUCAUUAGGCCACCGGCGCUGACCAAUCAGAGCAAGCUAAGCUUUUUAAAGGAAGGGAAUGAGAUUUUUAUAGAAUUUUUUGUUAGCUUUUAUUAAGUGGCUUUAAAUAUUCAGAUCUGUGCGAUUGAUGAUUUGUUGCUAGAAUAAACCGGUUGUUAUAUUAAAAGUA